AAAACUAAUAAAAACUUGAUAACACUUUUUUAUGUGUCAAGUGCAUGAACAUGCCAAUAUACCAUGCAAUGAACUUGGUAAACGAGUAGAGAUCGAAAACUAUGCAUUGUGGACAUGAAAAUGUGCUAGAUGAAUUCCCGCAAAAAAAUGUGCUAGAUGAAUAUGGUUUUUUUUUCUAGUAUGUGGGUUUUCCACGGUGCUUUUGUGCUGAUAUUUCUACAUAUCCCGAUCAUUUACUUUCGGAAAUUCUGACCAAUGACAUUUUUUUCUCUCUCUCUAGGCAACUGAUACAGUUUUUUUUUGUGAGAGAGGCAACUGAUACAUUUUCUUUAGGGAGGCAACUGAGUAGUACAGUUAAUCGAUCAGAUAGAGAAAUGGGCGGUAGUGGACAUGGUGGGCCGAAACUUCCGGACCUGGUGCGCACGUAAACUAGGCUUUCGGUAAUUUUUGUCUAAAUAAAAAGGCUUUCGGUCAUUUUUCCCAUUGGAAAUACCGGAAAUUUCCUGUAUUGGAUAGAGUUUUUUUUUGCUGGAAGUAUUGGAUAGAGGUUUUUUUUUGCGGGGAAGUAUUGGAUAGAGGUUGGUAAGCCACAUGAAUUUCCACACUUUUUUGCUGUAAAAAAAACUUCCACACUUUUUUUAUGCUGUAAAAAAAACUUCCACACUUUUUUCAUAGACAAAUGGCGUCAAAAAGAAACUGCACGGUAAUCGAUCGAUGUGCUACGUACGCCAUGGAUAGUUUGUGUGAGCGAAAACUCAGGCGUCCAGCAGGUUGGUAGGUUUGCUGCAAAUUUCUCAUGACCCGCGCACGUACCCCAUUUACCCGUGCAUUUCUCUGCUGAUUACAAACAACUGAACUACUCCUAACGAACUCCGUGCCUCCAUGAGAUACCGCGCGACCGCCCGUCCUCAUCCAAGACGCCGCCGUCCUCCGAUCCCAUGGUGAUCGGGCCAAAGAAGGCGAGGAGUUGGACGCAGUUGCCAUGCCCACACCGGCUGCUCUGCGUGCCGGAGCACUGCGCAUCGGCCCGGUUCGUGGCCGUCGCCGCCGUCUGUCUCCUCGUCGUGGUCGGCACGUACUACGUGCUCUGCUCGCCGGCCGACGCCGACGGCCAGCGGCAAGUAGAAUCCUCCGGCUGCAACUACAGAACUACUUACCCGAUCGAUUCCGGCGGCGAUGAUCUGGAGGCGGCGCUGCGCGGCGCGGCGGACGCGAACAGGACGCUGAUCCUGAGCGUGCUGAACAAGGCGUACGCCGAGGAGGAUGGCCUGCUCGACCUUUUCGUGCGGAGCCUGAGGGAAGGGGAGGGAACCGCGCAGCUCCUCAGCCACGUCCUCCUCGUGGCAAUGGACCGGCCGGCAUACCGCCGGUGCAUGAGCCUCGGCGGCAUCCGGUGUUACCGGCUCCCGGCGUCGAGGAACGGCACCCAAGACUUGUCGUCGGAGCAGCUCUACAUGUCCGACGGGUUUAUACGCAUGAUGUGGCGGCGCAUUCGCCUCCUCGGCGACGUCCUCAAGCACGGUUACAGCUUCAUAUUCACGGAUUUGGAUGUGAUGUGGCUGAGGAACCCGUUCCCGAGUCUCAACCGCACCGGGGAGGAAGACCUCCUGAUCAGCUCCGACAAGUUCAACGGACGGCCGCGGGACUACCUCAGCAAUGAGCUCAACACCGGCUUCUUCUUCGUGGUCGUGAACAACCGGACGGCGGCGCUGUUUGACGAGUGGCACGCAGCCCACGGCGGGUCCGCAGGCUUGAAGGAGCAGGACGUGUUGAAUCAGAUGAAGCGGCGGCACGUGUUCCGGCGCCUCGGCGUGAGGGCGCGCGUCCCGGACAUGGCGCGCUUCAGCGGGUUUUGCCAGGACAGCCGGGACGCCCGGCAGGUGGCCACCGUGCACGCCAACUGUUGCCGGACGAUGCGGGCCAAGAUCGCUGACUUGAGGGCCAUCCUCAGGGCCGCUAGGCGGCUCAACGGGACGACACAGCUGAGGUGGCCGCCGCACUCGCAGUGCGCUAAAUCAUGGAGAUGAGACGAUUCGUUGAGAGAAGUAGAAGUGCGUACAUAUAAUUUCCUAAUCAGAUUUGCUAUUUCACGUCUAGAUAUAAAAAAGUACCAUAUAUACAUUUCUAACCAUAUGAUUUAGUCAUCAAGAUCAGUAUUUUUUGCUUCUUUUAUUCAUUGAUCCUUUUCUGUACGCGUUACUGGCAGUGGGCCGCUGUUGAUCCAUUUGAUUUUGUUC